UGAGGUCAUCAACAAUUUCCGGACAUGUGUGGAGUUUCUCGAUAACGCUCGCUGUCUCGUGGCGCGAAUUUAUCUUCAUAAUAGUACAUUAGCAAAUCCGACAUAGGUCAUAAAUUACAUCAAAAGAUCGGGGAAUCCUAUCCUUGAAAGGACAAGAUGGCGGAGAUUGUUCAGCAGCGGAUCGAGGACAGAAUUCCAGAGCUGGAGCAACUGGAAAGAGUAGGACUCUUCACCAAGAAAGAAGUCAAAGCUGUCAUCAAGAGGGUUACAUCUUUGGAAUACAAACUCCGCAGGCGGAUGGUCAAUAAAGAUGACUUUGUACAAUACAUUCAGUAUGAAGUCAACGUCCUGGAGUUGGUCAAGAAGAGGAGAGCGCAUAUAUGCUACCACUUCAAGAGGGAAGAUAUUGAGUUCCCUAUCAUUCACAGAAUCAAUAGUGUCUUCAGAAGGGCCACAAGCAAGUGGAAGGAUGAUGUGCAGCUUUGGCUCUCUCAUGUCGCCUUUUGUAAGAAAUGGGCCACACGGGGGCAGCUCAGCAAGGUGUUCUCAGCGAUGCUGGCCAUCCACUCUGACAAACCAGAGCUGUGGAUCAUUGCAGCCAAGAGUGAGCUGGAAGAGAGGAAUUCUUCAGAAAGUGCUCGUCAUUUGUUCCUCAGGGCGCUACGUUUUCACCCGGGCAACAAAAAACUUUACCAGGAGUACUUGCGCAUGGAGCUGUUGCACUGUGAGAAGCUGAGGAAGCAGCAGGCAGAACUGGAACAAGCGAAGAUUGACAUUGGUGAAUAUGAGUUUUCCAAAGAGAUUCUUGAUGGGAAACUAGCGAUGGUUGUGUACAAAGACGCCACAGACAAAAAUAAAGAGGCAGAGUUUGUCAUCUCACUCCUGACCAUCGCUUCCAUUUUUGACUUCACCAAAGAUUUUCAAGAGCUCAUCCUGCAAGACCUACAAACCAACUUUCUAGAUGACAGUGUGACAUGGGACUUCUUGGCCAAGAGGGAGCUAGAGGCUCCGGGAGUGGGAGAGGAACUCCGGACAGCAAAGGGUCGCGCUAUGGAGGUUAACCGAAGAGAGGCGCAAUGCUGUCUUGUGUACGAGAAAGGACUGGAGAGGAUUAACACUGAACCCAUGUGGACGUGCUACAUCGCCUUCUGUCUGGAGAGGGUGAAAAGGAAGACAAACGUCCAAGAGCUGAAGGACAAGAGACAAGAGAGGCUGCUUGGAGUUCUGCAGCGUGCCCACGACUCUUCAUUCCUAAAAGAGGAUUAUUAUAAGACCUGGGUGCAGAUCCUUCUCUCAUCAGGGGACGUAGAGGGCGCUGCCAUGAAAGCUAUGGCAGCCACGCAGCGCUACAGCCAAUCAGUGUCGGCUUGGACUAUGGCCUUGCAGACUCUGGUACAGUUGGAAAAAGUUGACAGUGGGCAGCUGUUCCAGGACGCACUAGCACAUAUAAAUCCCAAGGAAAGCUUACCGGUUUGGCAGCUUCAGGUCCAGUGGAGCGUAGCCAACCAGAACCCAGAGGAGACAGAAGCCAUUUUCAAGAGAGGUGUACUGUCUGUGGUGGCGGCGGUUGCCAUGGAGAUGAAAGAGCGCUACGUUGAUUGGUCAUACGCUACAGGAGGCUACAAGAAAGCGAGAAAGACUUUUACGAGUUUACAGGAAAUCCGACCCUUAUCUAAACCUUUCUUCACCAAUAUGAUAAAGAUUGAGAAAGAACAAGAGACCCCAAAGAUGAACAAUUUGAGAGACUACUAUGAGAGGGUCCUAGAAGAGUUUGGCUUGUCCGAUGAAGAUCUGUGGCUGGAGUACAUCCAGGAGGAAAUGGGGCCUCUUGGCCAGCCGCAAAACUGUGGCAAGAUCCACUGGAGAGCCAUGAAGUUUCUGGAAGGGGAAAGCGUGGAGAGGUUUAUCUCCAAAUACACUCUCCUGCAGACUGGAAAUCUCUGAGCCUGACUUAAAACAGUGCAGGUUUGAAACAAUGUUCGUUCAUCAGCAGGAGUUUGUCAGCCUGACGGAGCACACGAAGAUGUUGGCUUGGUCUAAGAGCCGUCCCUUGGGCGCAUGGACUGAGCCCGUUUUAAAAGUCUGCGCUCCAUGUUCCAAAUAUUUUCCAGAGAUGUCGAAAGACGUGUUCAUAAAAGUGCUGCUAAAUGUUUCCAGUUGCAGUUACACUUUCUAUAUAGUAAUAGUUAAAACCAAGGCCAGUGAACAUUCCAAUUAAGGCACACUGGGACACUGAUGAAAAAAAAAACUAUCAAAUUUGUGUUGAGUAGCAUGUUUAAUUAAAUUCUGUGAAGUUAAUCCAAAGGGCUGUCAUUGUAAUGCAUCCUUUUAAAUCCACUCCUAAUUAAACAUAAUUACAUCCAGAAAUUAACCUUGUAUGCCGUGAUAUCGCUGAGUCGGGUGUGGUCUAUGAGAGCAUCUCAUUCCGAUGGUCGUGCAAUGGUAGUGAAACAAUUAUACAA